UGGAAAUAGCGACAUUUGUACCGCAGCAAGAAAAUAUCAAAGAUGGAUGCCACAGAAGAGGAACUGGAUCCUUUGUGGAAGGACCUCGAUUGGGCCAUGGGACAAUGCUUCAUGAUGGGAUUUGAAGGGACCGAGGUUACUCCUCAAAUCAGGACUCUUAUUGAAGAUCAUCAUCUAGGUGCUAUUUUGUUGUCGACCAAGAACAUGAAGUCUGCCCGAGAGACAGCAAAUUUAGUACAGGAACUCCAAACGAUCGCGCAUCAAGCUGGUCAUCUAGUCCCUUUAAUCAUUGCUCUUGAUCAAGAGAAUGGCGGCGUCAAUAGUCUUUUUGAUGAAGACUACAUCUGUCAAUUUCCCAGUGCAAUGGGAAUGGCAGCAACUGGAUCUCUAGAGCUUGCAUACGAAGUUGCCAAUGCAACAGCCAAAGAAUUGUCAGCAGUUGGAGUUAACAUGAUAAUGGGUCCUUGUCUUGAUGUCUUGACAAAUGCUCGUUAUCAACCAUUGGGUGUUAGAGCUACUGGAGAUGACCCUCAAGAAGUUUCCCAAUAUGGUAUUGCUGCCAUGAAUGGGUAUAAAGAUGCCGGGCUCGCUUCCUGCGGGAAACAUUUUCCAUCUUAUGGAAAUCUAGACUUCCUAGGGUCAUCUCUUGAUAUGCCCAUUAUCACAGAGACUCUUGAACAGUUAAGUCUUGGUGCUCUGGUUCCAUUCCGAAACGCUAUUCGUGAAGGAAUGGAUUCUAUUAUGGUUGGUGGAUGUGCAAUAGCAAAUGCUGGAAUGAACGUCAUGCACGCUUGUCUUAGUGAUCAAGUUGUGGAUGAUCUCCUUCGGAACGAUCUUGGCUUCAAUGGUGUAGUUGUUUCUGAAUGUCUCGAGAUGGAAGCAUUAAGCCAUGAUAUUGGAGUUAGAGGUGGUACCGUCAUGGCAGUAGAAGCUGGAUGUGAUCUGGUACUUCUCUGUCGCUCUUACUCUGUUCAAAGAGAAGCCAUUGCAGGAUUAAAACUUGGACUGGAAAAUGACAUGAUCUCUAGAGAACGUAUAAAUCUCUCUCUAAAGCGAGUCUUGAGGGUCAAAUCACAGUGCACAUCUUGGGCUAAAGCUUUGAACCCUCCAGGUAUUAGCCAUCUAACAUCUUUACAUCCUGGCCAUCUCGCUUUGUCUACAAAAGCAUACGAUAACUCAAUAACUAUCAUGCGAGACAAAGGCCAUUUACUCCCGCUAUCAAAUAGUUACUCCGAAGAUGACGAUGAUCUCCUCCUUUUAACACCAUUAGUGAAGCCAUUACCAGCAUCCACCGCCACUCUUGGUCACGAGAAUGCAAAAUCUACCAACAAUGAAUCUGAAAAAUCACACAAAUCAUCAUCAAUCAUGAGUGGUGAAGGUGUGUUUCGAGAAUUGGGGAGAGCUUUAGCACGUCAAAGACAUGGACGACUUCUUCACACUUCUUAUACCGCAAAUGGAGUUCGACCAGUCCAUGAAAAUUUGAUUAAUAGAGCAGGAACCAUUAUCAUUAUAACGGCCGAUGCAACUCGAAAUCUAUAUCAAAAUGGAUUUACCAAACAUGUCGCUAUGAUGUGUUCGAUGCUUAGUUCUGCAGGGAAGAAGAAGUCAUUGAUUGUGGUUUCAGUUAGUUCUCCGUAUGAUUUUGCUAUGGAUAAGAGUAUUGGGACAUAUGUUUGUACCUUUGAUUUUACGGAAACAGCUAUGAAAGCAUUGGUGAGGGCGUUGUUUGGUGAUUUUGUUCCUCAAGGAACAUUACCUGGUACGCUGAGAAAGAGUAGGAAAGUGCAGAAAUCGAGACAGCAUUGGUUAGUGGAGAGUUAUAAUAGAGAUAGAGAUGCAAGAGGUCUACAGGCACUUAUUACAUCUAUUGAGAAGACUACUCCACCGAAUCAACAAUCGGCGUUGGCGGGUGCAACAGCGGGCUCGUUUGAAAUGCCAUCCGCCGCAAAUCAUAAUUCCCUUGAAGAGUCUCAUUACGUUGUGCGCAACAGCAGUACUCAAGCUCUAUUUGGAUUUUGCUCCACCAGUUAUUUACCCAGUACUCACACCGGUACAAUCUCCACCCUAUUUGUCGACCCUUCUAAACGUAAUCUCUCAAUCGGCCACUCCCUUCAUCAACGCGCUCUCCGUCAUCUCCUCCAAAAACCAAAUAUUACUCACCUUCAACUCGGCUCUACCCUCCCAGCCAUCUACCUUGGUAUUCCAAUGAGUGACCUCACCGAAGGUGCACGUCUCAAACGCUGGUUCGCUACAAAUGGCUGGGACAUCCUUUCUCCCCGAUUUCUAUACACGUUGAUAAUUCGUAACGUAUCAAUUUGGACACCUCCAGAAGGCCUCUUGGGAACAAUCCAACGCUUAUCCCUCCAAUUUGAUUUAAUCCAUGGUCCUUCAAACUCCGCAACCCAAGUUCUCGACUUCGUGCAGACUCAUUCGUCACCUGAAAUUCAUAGUCUUUAUAAUCUCGCCAUCAUGGAUCCAAAAUAUUGUGGUAUCGUGAGGGCUAAAUCACCAAUCGAUGGGAGUCUCGUGGGUACGAUUAUUAUCUCUCGGUCUGAUACUAUGCUUUCUCGUUGGAUGCCCGUUCUUUCUUCUUCUCCUUCUCAAUCUAAUUCUACUUCCCAUACAAACUCCAUGAAUUCCAACUCUAAAGGGAAGGAAAAGGAAGAAAAUAGAAAUGGAAAUAAUACAGUAGGAGGUAUUCUAGCUCCUAUCAUCCCAUCCAAUAAUGCGCAACGAGAAACAAUCUUGCAGGGAUUAGUCAUGUUGAGUAUCAGACAGAAUAAAAAUAAGGGAGAUGGGAAGGGAGUGGUAUUGAAUUGGGUUGUGGGCAGUGAUAGGGAUGUUUUGUUAGGGAUGGGAUUCGAUGUGUUAGAGGCGUGGGAAGAGGUGGUUUGUGGAGUUGAGAGGUGGAGUGAUGUAAAUUUGGGUUGA